CGAGCACGGAGUCAUAGUGUCAUCGCGAACCGCGUCGCAAGCCUGUCAAGCUUCGUCCGACGGAGAUAAUUGUCGCUCGAAUAAAAUCUCCUCCCAACGCGGAGGAAAUGUCUAGCGCCAAGAUCAUAGAGAAUCCAGAAGUGCCGGCGAGAAAAAUAUGAUACUGUUCCGGGAUGAAGAGCCCAUUUUUCUUGCCUCAAGACUGUGCAGCACAGAUGACUCUCGAGAAACCUUUCGUUUACCUCAAUUUUCUCGCAAUAGGAUUCGAAUGCUUUCUACCACCGCCACCACCGCCACCGCCGCCACCACCGCCUCCUCCGCCACCACCACCGCCUUCUUGUUCGAAUAAACCCUCGAACAACAACAAUGGACAAUCGACAACGACGCAACAGCAACGAACGACGAGCAAGAACGUGAUGACUGUCGCAACGGCAUCAGUAGCGACCGUCAGCGACGGGGUUCCUCCGACCCUCGGUACGUUCCCGAACGUCCUCCCCGUGCCAUCGAGUCCGUACAUGCUGCAUCCGACGAUGCAACCGCAAACUCCCGGACAGCCGUCAACCCCGACCCCAUGGUGGAUACCCACCGACAGCGAUACUUCGGACCUUUAUGCCCAAUGGUACGAUCCGACGUAUAAGGGUGCAGUAACCGCGACGGCAGUCUCCCCCGCGGCGACACCAGCCAUUGGGAAAAACAAGAGCAAGAAUUUUUACAAACGCAAGAACGAGUUUAUCGAUCCCGCACAAGAUGCAGAGAAAGUGGCGAGUGCGCAGAGGGAACUGUCGGCGCUGAUGAAACCGCUCAAAUGUGAUCUGUGCAAUGCAGUCAUGAACUCCACGUUGCAAGCGAAAUUGCACUAUGACGGCAAGCCGCAUCAGAAAAAAGUAUCGAUGUUUCUCAAUCAGAGCGUUAAAAAACAGAAAACGGAAGAUGGCCAAGUGAGCAGUACGACCAAUAACGACUGGCAAAACUACUGUGAUAUAUGCAAAACGUGGUUCACAUCGCAAACAGACGCCACGCAACACUACGCGGGCAAAAAGCAUAUUAGAGCGGCGAACGGAGGGCCUCGCGCAAGGCCGUCAAAGAAGUCGCAGAAUCAAAAUCAGUACAAUCAGGUGGAUUCGACGGGUCGCUUCGGAAUUGGAAUGGCUUUCCAGGCGGACACGCAACCCGCGCCGAUCGCGGCAUCGGUGGUGCCCGAGGGAACCGCCGCGGCACCAAAUCCGGCCGCGGCUCCAUCCAUCUAUGCAGCAUCAUCGUACGUCACGCCGUUGCGUUGCGAUUUGUGUGGAGUUUCGGCCAACCGUCAAGAUCAACUGGAAACGCACAAGCGCGGAGCCCGACAUUUAAGGAUGCUAAGGCUCAAUGGACUUACUAUGCUUGAAGCCGUUGAAAACGAAAAUGUCUCCAACGUUUCGGAACCUAUAGACUAUUCUAUUUAUCGGACACCAUCGGGUCAAUAUUACUGUGCACCGUGCAAUCUAUCGUUGAAUUCGGAGACCACGUUUGCUCAGCACGUAGAAAGCAAGAAACAUAAAAAUCAGUCUAAUCCAAAGUUGCCCAGCGCCGUGGUAGCGGCAAAAAAAGCUAGAUUCAAGAAAAAAUAAAACCGGGAUAAUGAUAUUAUUUUUUAAUGCAAUGACAUAAUGUUUCCCAGCUGGUUUAUUUAUCCAUUUCUUUAAUCAAAACUUUGACUACACUUUUGUUUCCCUGUAUGCGCGUGUUUCCAUUUCAUGGACAUUGUAUGGCGAGAAGAUCAACGAUCUUUGUUUUGCGUUAAAAAUGCAAUAAACUGUGAUAAACUGUUAAA